AUGGCCUCCUUUACCCAGCCGCCCUACUUCGGUGCCUCAACAUCAGGCCAAAAUAACGGCGAUGCCACCCGUCAGGCGCCUGGAACAAGGCCAAUACCCGUCGACGUCCCUGCUCUACAAAAUGCUAGCCGCAUACUCCUGGAACAGCUUGCUAAAGACGCACAAAUAAUACCUGAUAUUGGAGAAACAUUGACGUCGGGGAGCCAGGCGUCCGCUUCAUAUAGCGUAUUUCCUGACGACAUACGAGUUCCAUUCCAAAAGCGCAAGUUUGUUGGUAUUCCAGAUACUCUUUUCCAAUAUUAUGACAGCGCCAACGUAACAUCGCAUAUGGGCUUGAUGCCAGAAAUCGAGCGCGUCUGGAUCUCUAUCGACCACAAACUCUUCCUCUGGGACUACAACGAGGGUCAAGAAAUAGCGUCAUUCAUGGACCAACCCGACGUAAUAACUCACGUCGCCCUUGUCCGACCUAAGCAAGGCUUAUUCAUUGAAGAUAUCACAUCCCUCCUUGUCAUUUGCACGCCUGUAUCUGUUCUCCUGCUUGGUGUCGCCAUUUCAAGCCAACCAAUCCUUGACAAUCGGCCUCGCAAAGAAAUUAAGCUAUAUGCGACAGACCUAUCAGUCCCGACGGACAUCGAAAUGUCUUCGGUCAUUGGCACGGCGGACGGGAGAAUCUUUAUGUGUGGGCAACAGGACGGGAAUCUGUAUGAGUUGCAUUAUCAAGCUAGCGAAUCUUGGUUCGGGAAAAGAGUUCAACUCAUCAACCACUCCAUUGGAGGGAUGUCAAGCUUGUUGCCGCGUUUUGCGUCAGCAAGUAAUGAUGAUCGAAUUGUUGCCGCUGUGUCUGAUCUGAAACGAAACUGCUUCUACACCCUCACUGCGCGGAACUCAAUCUCGAUGUAUACGCCCAAUGGCGAUAAAUCCAUCCAACAUGUACAAACGUUGAAUUCGUUGUAUAAAUCCGCUCAAGAAAAGGCGCCGGGUUCGCCUGCUUUGACACCUCAAACGUUCCAAAUCGUUAACAUCCAUGUUGUCGACCCGGCCGAAUCACGCUCCGGAUUGCAGCUCAUCGCCAUCACCACCAACGGUGUCCGACUCUACUUUGGGCCAUCGAUGGGUUAUGGAUACGCUUAUGGUUCUAGUUCGGGGCCCAGCGGGCUCAGAAAUUUGCAGUUGAUACAUGUUCGAUUACCACCACUAAGCCUCAUUCAUCCCGACGAACAAGCUAAAAUGUUCAGACCUGCUGGAUCCAGCUAUGCGAACCCACAGAUACAUCCUCAGCCAACAACAAAUCGACCCUACAUUAUCACGACACUGGACAACACGUCAUACGCUAAUGGGCUGACUCUCGCUGCUCAAGCCGGGGAUGUUGACGGCACAGACUACAUUCUAUGCCUGGCAGCCGAUCUGACCCGCAUUGGUAAUCUUGGCCAACUGAAUCUUCCACAGCAGCCCCAACAGCCGCAGUACAACUCUGCGUAUGGCCAGUAUCCUCCUGGAGGAGGCACUAACCGACUGCCUCUCACGGAGUAUGCCAAUCUCUUGACCAUCCCAGGAAGAACCUGGUCUAUGGCCGCUAUUCCCAAGAUAGUCGCUGAAACGCCCAGUGGGACUGCAGUUCCUUCAGCACUCAAUGAACUUGCGACUCAAUUCGGGGAGGGGCCUAACCAAUUCAUGCUUCUUACGAACGUUGGACUGACCUUCUUGGUCAAACGACGUGCAGUAGACUAUCUUAAAGCAGUGCUAGAAGAACUACAGUCCGAAGGUAAUGUGCAGCCUAUCAUCGAGUUCCGGGACAGCUUCGGCAGAGACCAAACGUGCUCGAUGCUUCUGGGCCUCGCGAGUGGGAAUACUUUCCUAGAUCCUUUCGAUUCAGGAACAUCUGGCACGAUCAGCACUGUCAGUCCUGAGAUCGCUGCCGUGGCGAAGCAGGCCUUCUACGACUUUGGAGAGCGCCCGAUCUGGACGGAACGGGUGAUGUACGGCACAGCGGAAAACAAGGGCUCAGCCAUUUUCAGUGGCAGACGGGAAGGUUUUGCAUUGUACUUUGCGCGCCUCGUCAGACCUUUCUGGAAGGCGAAGUUGACGAAGACGGGUCCUGCUGGACUACAGGUUCUGAAUGCACCCGAAACCGUACUACUCAAUGUCCAGAAAAAUCUAUACGCCCUGAAGGACUUCUUGACUCGAAAUCCACACCUGUUCCACUCGUCUCCAAGUGAGCCUACAUCAAGUCGGUCCUCGGUCACGGAACAAGAAGCAUGGAAGGUCGAACAAAGUUCUGUUGCUGAGCUACAAAGCCUGUUAACGAGGACGAUCGAAGCAUUGUCCUUCGUCCUACUUCUCAACGAUUACCGCCUCGGGGAACUCAUCUCAAAAUGCGACGCUGAGGUUCAGAAACUAAUUGCAGCUCAGACAUUUGAAGAGCUAAUCACAUCUCAACACGGGAUAACGAUUUCAAGAGCCUUGGUCAACGUUGUUAUCGAUCAACAAAUAGGCCAACAAAUUAGCGUUGACACGAUCAGCGAAGUCCUGCAACAUAGAUGUGGCUCAUUUUGCGGUACAGACGAUGUCAUGUUGUAUAAGGCCAAGGAGAACAUCCGAAAGGCCGCUGAGACUCGAAAUCCAGCUGAGAAACAGAAGCACCUUGCCGAAUCCCUCAGAUUAUUUUCGAAGGGCGCACGCAUUCUCGAGUUCGAGAAAUUGAGAGAGGUCAUUGGUGAUUUCCAACAACUAGCCUAUGCCAAAGGGGCAAUUCAACUACCUCUAACAUGCGCUCAGUUACAAGAUGUAGACAACACUGGAUUGGAGUGUUGGCACUCCAGCGUCGGCUCAAAUGACCUUCGCUACGAAUUCAUUGAAAGGAGACUACGGUGUUAUGACCUCGUACUGGACUCUCUGACCGUAUUUGAGGACAAAUGCAGUAAAGCACAAGCAUCGGCUGCUACCAGCGGAAUACCUCCUCAAGACGACCCCGAAACUGUUCGAGCACAUGCUUAUGAGCUUGCAUUUGCCAGCGAGGAUGAGAUGUUCCAUUCAACAUUAUACGACUGGUUAAUUGGGCGGAAUCUUGCCGAUGAUCUGUUGGAGAUGAGACCGGCUUUCCUUGAAGCUCAUCUACGAAGAGAGCCAGCAACGGUACAGAAGUUCCAGUUGCUGUGGCAGUUCUACGUCAAGAAUGGGCAGCCCCUGAGAGCGGCUGAGGUUCUAGGUGCUUUGGCAGAGUCGACCCAGUUCGAUCUUCAUCUUGAUUCUCGGCUUGAAUACCUCACAUUGGCCGUUGCGAACGCCAAAUCUCACCCGAUCUCAGCUGGAGGAAGACACGAAACCGCGAUAGCCUUCCUGACGGACCUGGAAGAGAAGCUCGAUGUGGCCCAAGUUCAACUCGAAAUCUAUAAUACCCUGCUUCCUCACGUUAACGACGCACCUGAAGUUGGAGAGCGAAUAGCUUCGCUUUCAAAACAAUUGUUCACGAUGUCAGCUCUAUACAGCAAAUUUGCCAUUCCUUUCGAUCUUCCUGCUAUCAAAUUGCUCUGUCUACAUGUAUCAGAGCACCGCGACGAGAGCGUCGUACGACCUAUAUGGAACCAAAUAUUCGACGAGAUCAUGGAAGAGACGGACGUCCCAGCUGACAGAGCGGAUCUCAUCCAGAGCCGCGUAGUCCCUCUGGGACAGAGGUUCUACCCUUCGGAGAGCGCUUUCCCCCUGCGCUUCAUUGCCACACUCCUCGUGAGAUUCCUGCUGGCAAACAAGAUUGUCCUUCCGACUGGAUGGGCUGCCAGAAUACUCAUUCAGUGUGGUGUACGAUUCUCCGAAAUUUGGGACGUGUUCCAUGAAAUGUAUGAGUCGCAGGUGCCACCUUUUAAUGACCAGGCUAACGUGCAGGCGAUUUCUUCUGAGAUCGCCAUACUCAUCACCGACUGGCUGGCAGAAGCUACACGGCCACAGGCCACCGUGUUGCGAGCAGAAUUCCCAGUUGGCCGUGUUGAUGCCGCUAUCGACCAAUAUGUUUCCGAACUUCAACCGGGCAGAACAGAAGCUAAGGGGUUGUAUGAAGCUGCAAAGCGCCAGCUGAGACGGUACUGGUAA